GCGAUAGCAGAAGCCCCCCGUCUCCCCCUCACCGCGCUGUCCUCUCUACACCAGCUUCAUCCGUAGCUAUAUUUUUUCCCCCCUUCCUUAUUUUACUCGUCGUUAUUAAAAAAAAUUUUUUUUAUCCCUUUCCCCCCACCCCUUUCUUUAUUUCUUUUCAUUUCAAUCAUGACACGAGUCGCAAUUUUGUGAACCUUGAACGACAGGGGGAAAAAAACAAACAACACAGAAGACCAUGAUGAAUUUGUCGGGUUUCCUGUUGGUACCCGCUUUAUGGGGACUCGCACUCGGUGGAUCCCCGAGCGUCCAAAUAGGUGAGCAUGAGCUUCUGUUAAAAUGAGAAAUCAAACCCUUUAAUUUGGCAAAUCUUCUAAACCCACUCUGAAGGGGUUAGGAUUUAAACCCAGCUAUACAUCACUCAGACAGGCAGUGAUGGAGACAAGGAGAGUGUGGUUCUUUUUCAUUUUUUUCUUCCUUGUUGUUUUUUUUUUUUUUUAAUUAAAUUUUUUAUAUUAUUAUUAUUAUUUUUGUAGAAUGAUACCCUAUUGAUUUCUGGUGUCUAUAAUACACUGUAUAUAAGAACUGGGUGUAAUAGUGAAUGGUUUCUUUUCCUCCCUCUCUGUAUGUGUUGAUGCCAUCAGGCGGCCUGUUUCCGCGCGGUGCGGAUCAGGAGUACAGCGCGUUUCGGGUCGGGAUGGUGCAAUUCGGCACCGCCGAGUUCCGCCUCACCCCGCACAUCGACAACCUGGAGGUGGCCAACAGCUUCGCCAUCACCAACUGCUUCUGUUCGCAGUUUUCCCGGGGCGUCUACGCCAUCUUCGGCUUCUACGAUAAGAAGUCCGUGAACACCAUCACGUCGUUCUGCGAGACGCUGCACGUGUCCUUCAUCACGCCGAGUUUCCCCGCCGACGGCCUCAACCAGUUCGUGCUGCAGAUGAGGCCCGACAUCCGCGGCCCUCUGAUCAGCCUGGUCGAGUACUACAAGUGGGAGAAGUUUGCGUAUCUGUACGACAGUGAUAGAGGCUUGUCCACUUUGCAGGCCGUCCUGGACACGGCGGCUGAGAAGAAAUGGCAGGUGACGGCUAUAAACGUGGGCAACCUGAAGGACGAGAGGAAAGACGAGGCCUACCGCUCGCUCUUCCAGGACCUGGAGAAUAAGAAAGAGAGGAGAGUGGUCCUGGACUGCGAGCAGGACAAGGUCAAAGACAUCAUGGAGCAGGUCAUCACGAUUGGUCGUCAUGUGAAAGGAUAUCAUUACAUCAUCGCUAAUUUUGGCUUUUUGGACGGAGACCUAUCGAAGAUUCAGUAUGGGGGCGCGAACGUGUCCGGCUUUCAGAUCGUGGAUUUCGACGACCCUCUCGUCGCUAAGUUCGAUCAGCGCUGGGAGGCUCUGGAGGAGAAAGAGUACCCCGGGGCAGACAGCAAGAUCCGGUACACCUCUGCUUUGACGUACGAUGCGGUUCAAGUGAUGACCGAAGCCUUCCGCUUCCUCCACAAGCAAAGGAUCGACAUCAGUCGGCGUGGCAACAACGGGGACUGCCUGGCCAAUCCGGCUGUACCAUGGGCUCAAGGGGUGGAGAUAGAACGUGCUCUUAAGCAGGUGCGAGUGGACGGACUGACAGGAAACAUCCAGUUCGACCAGUACGGCAAGAGAGUGAACUUCUCAGUCAACAUCAUGGAGCUGAAAAACAGCGGGCCAGUAAAGAUUGGCUACUGGAAAGAGGUGGACAAAAUGGUGGUCACCAAAUCCGACCUCUUCCCCAACGACACCUUUGGGAUGGAGAACAAGACGGUUAUCGUGACGACCAUCUUGGAGGCACCGUAUGUGAUGUUAAAGAAGAACGCAGAGUUGUUCACGGAUAACGAACGCUACGAGGGAUACUGCGUGGACCUGGCGGCUGAGAUCGCAAAGCAUUGCGGGUUUAAGUAUCAGCUGAAGAUUGUGGGAGACGGGAAGUACGGCGCUAGAGACGCGGAUACGAAGAUCUGGAAUGGCAUGGUUGGCGAAUUGGUGUACGGGAAAGCGGACAUAGCCGUAGCGCCUCUGACGAUCACGCUGGUCCGUGAAGAGGUGAUCGACUUCUCCAAGCCCUUCAUGAGCCUGGGAAUCUCCAUCAUGAUCAAGAAGCCGCAGAAAUCCAAGCCGGGCGUCUUCUCCUUCCUGGACCCGCUGGCCUAUGAGAUCUGGAUGUGCAUCGUGUUCGCCUACAUCGGCGUUAGCGUCGUGCUCUUCCUCGUUAGCCGCUUUAGCCCGUACGAGUGGCACACCGAGGAGUUCGAGGACGGCCAGCUCGGGCCCAGCGAGUCCAAUAACGAAUUUGGGAUCUUUAAUAGUCUGUGGUUUUCUCUGGGCGCUUUUAUGCAGCAGGGAUGCGAUAUUUCGCCAAGGUCACUAUCUGGGCGUAUAGUUGGUGGUGUGUGGUGGUUCUUCACCCUCAUCAUUAUCUCAUCUUACACGGCCAACCUGGCUGCUUUCCUCACCGUGGAGAGGAUGGUGUCCCCCAUCGAGAGCGCCGAGGAUCUCGCCAAGCAGACCGAAAUCGCCUAUGGAACCCUUGAUGCCGGUUCAACCAAAGAGUUCUUCAAGAGAUCAAAGAUCGCCCUGUUUGAGAAGAUGUGGCAGUACAUGAAAAGCGCCGAGCCUUCUGUCUUUGUGAAGAACACGGUGGAAGGCGUGCUGCGUGUUCGCAAGUCCAAGGGCAAAUACGCCUACCUGCUGGAGUCCACCAUGAACGAGUACAUCGAGCAGCGCAAGCCGUGUGACACCAUGAAGGUCGGAGGCAAUCUCGACUCCAAGGGCUACGGCAUCGCCACGCCCAAAGGAUCUGCUUUAAGAAACGCGGUAAACCUUGCGGUGCUAAAACUGAACGAGCAGGGGCUUCUGGAUAAAUUGAAAAACAAAUGGUGGUACGACAAAGGAGAGUGCGGCAGCGGAGGCGGGGAGUCAAAGGAGAAGACGAGCGCUCUGAGCUUGAGCAACGUUGCGGGGGUCUUCUACAUCCUGGUGGGCGGCCUCGGCCUGGCCAUGCUGGUGGCGCUGGUGGAGUUCUGCUACAAGUCGCGUGCUGAGGCCAAGCGCAUGAAGGUUGCCAAGACUCAAGCCCUAAAUCCCCCCACUUCCUCGCAGAAUUCUCAGAAUUUUGCCACUUAUAAGGAAGGGUACAACAUGACGUUCACCGAGGCCAUGCGCACUAAGGCCAGGCUUUCUAUAACUGGCAGUAUUGGGGAGAACGGGAGAGUGCUGACUCCGGAUUUCUCUAAAGCCGUGCACGCUGUGCCCUACAUGAGACCAGGCAUGGCAAUGCCUCUUAACGUGAGCGAGCUGUCCUGAGUGCCUUACACACCAACACACACACACACACACACACAUGUUCAGACUUUUACACACAUCCUCAAAGCAUACAUUAACAUUCACUUGACUUGCUACUAAUGACUUAAAAUCACGCCGAUGUGCUACACAUUUACGUAUACCGUAUUUUCCGGACUGUAAGAUAUCAUUUUCGCCAUCCCUAACGUUUCUACAUUAGUCCAAUCUAAUCG